AUGUUUGACAAAUACCCUGCAGGAACUUUGGUUGUUACUGUUAUUGAAGCUCGUAAACUCAAAAGCAAGGACCUGAUUGGAAAAAAUGAUCCAUAUGUUGAACUGUGGCUUGAUGAUAAAUAUAAGCAACGUACAGCCGUGAUCAAGAACAAUAAUAAUCCUGUUUGGAACCAGACGUUUACUUUUCCAAUGGAAGAAGGAGGAGAUAAGCAUAAGCUUUAUUUUAAUGUUCGCGACAAGGACACAUUUGGUUCUGAUAAUAUCGGAGACACUAAAAUUGACUUUAAAAGCGUAUUUAGUGGCACGCCUAUUGACACUUGGGUUGACUUGCCUGCCAAAUUAGGCUUAACAAGUCAUGGUGAACUUCAUGUGUACAUUCAAUUUAUGCCUCAAUAA